UUUUAGUAACAGGCUCUCUUCCCACCUCAGUCAUUGGUUUGCUCACUCUCUUAUGUGAUGAGUCAGUGCUUCCAGAGCAGGGGCUUCUGAGUGACUGUUGCAACAAUUGCUUCCAAAUGACCUCCUGCAUCUUAGCGGGGAGCUUUGAGGCCACACCCAAGGUCUCUCCUGGAGAUUCUGAAGCCAAACCUCUGAUCUUCACCUUUGUCCCCACUCUCAGAAGACUACCAACCCACAUUCAGUUGGCUGACACUUCUAAAUUCCUUGUUAAAAUUCCUGAGGAACCAAGUGAUAAGAGUCCAGAAACUGUAAAUAGGUAUGAAUAUAGUGACCAUAUGACCUUCAGCUGUGAGAGCAAGCAGGAGAGGGACCAGAGGACACAAGCUUAUCCCUCAGAGGUCAGUGGAAGGAAUUCACAGAGAAAGGAAUUUGAUAGGGUUGAGCUUCAAGGAAUGCAGAAAGGCGAUCUCUUCAAAGCGGAAUAUGUUUUUAUUGUGGAUUCUGAUGGGGAAGAUGAAACUACAAACAGACAAGGUGACCAAGCACCCCCCGGAGGACCAGGAAACAUAGCUACCCGGCCCAAGUCCCUGCCUAUUUCUUCGAGUCUGGCCUCUGAUGUGGUGCGCCCCAAAAUACGAGGGGUUGAUCUCAAGGCCUCUUCCCAUCCUGAAGUUCUUCAUGGGAUGGCCCCUCAGCAAAAGCACGGGCAGCUAACCUGUCCCACUACCUCUGGGCAGCUUGCUCAUAAACCACCUGCUUUCUCCUUUGUUUUUCCAACUAAUCAGAAAACGCCACGCGUCCUAGCUGACUUCAGCGGAGCCUCUGUGCUAGAGGAGUUUCACACUCGCAGGCUGGAUGUCGCUGGGGCCUCAGUGGAAGAAACAGCUACGUCUUUUUACACUACUGCUCACGAAUCCCCUUUCUCUGCAUGGAAGGGCGCUUCGACGUUAGCAUUUUCUCCUUCCACUCAACUGCCAGGUUCUAGUUUCUGUGGCUCAAAUGUCACUGAUCACACACACGGGCUGGCAUCUGAAGCACAGAAGAAAGCGUCGACUUCGCAUGCGCUUAACCCCAGGGAAGAUCUGAGAACCUCUCCUUCGCCUGCCUCUGGUGCUUCUCUGAAGUCACCUUCAGCUUCCUACAUACCAGUCCGCAUUGUCAUGCAUUCACUGUCUCCAAGUCCCAAGCCACUUACCUCCUCUUCCCAUGGUUCUUUAUCUACGGUCUGUAGCCAAAUGUCAUCCAGUGGGAAUCUCUCAAAGUCAGGGCUGAAGUCCCCGGUACCCUCUCGGCUUUCUCUCCUCACUGCUAUCCUUAAGUCAAACCCUUCUCACCAAAGGCCUUUGUCCCCCGCGUCCUGCCCAACUUUCUCCCUCAAUUCCCUGGCCUCUUCCACUCUUACACUUGAUCAAAGAGUAAAGCAAACACCAUCCACACCUAAGAAGUCCCUCUCCAGUUGCUCCUUGACAGCUGGAUCUACAGAGCAAGGCGAUCACCAAGCUCCUGCAGAGACCCACCAAUCCCGCCACCUCCCUUUCUUUACCAAGUCUACCCCACUUUCUCAGGUGUACCCCCUCUUUCCGCCAGCACCUGCCAAUAGCAGCUAUGCUUCUACAGAUGUAGAGAGAGUCCCAGGAGGCACACUGGGGAGCAGUGCAGCUCCACCCCCAUUACAGACUGAUACAGCCAGUCUUGCUGAUGUCCCUUCCGUGGCACCAGGCUUGUCCUCUGUUUCUUCCUCCAAGGGCAGAAAGGAUGAUGACCUCAUGGGUCCGGAAAAGAACAGGAAUAUUUGCACAUAUCCUUCCACCUUAUCAUCCUCUGCACUGCCUGCUAAUGAGAGCCCUGCCCUUUCCUCUCCAGAGAAAUGUUUCCAUCCUUCCCCAGCCCUCUCAGACCUGAUAGACAGAUCCAAAAGAGCGUGCUUGCAACAGCACCCAGGCUCAAGACAUAGCCCCUCAGUUCUCCCUGCUCCCCCAAUCUCCAGUGCUGCCUCUGCUUCUCCUCCCAGCUUGGGGCUCUCCGUUCUUCUCCCCCCUGAGAGUUCACUCACCCGGGUGCUCCAGCCUAAUCCUUCAGCACUGCACCCAAGUUGUGGGGGUGACACAAGUCCUUCAAGACCUGGGAUGCCUGAAAGUACAACAUGCAGCCUCAGCUCACUUGUUCCAACCCCAUCACUGCCUGUCUCUCUAACAAGAACCAAGGAGCUGAUCUCACCUUAUGCAUUGUCCAUGUCAUCAGGCCCUGAAAAUAAGAAGCCCAAGCAAUACAAGACCAAGCCAAGCUACAAGGCUUUUGCAGCAAUACCUACAAACACAUUGCUCCUGGAACAGAAGGCACUAGAUGAACCAGCCAAGACUGACAGCAACUCCAAGGCCAGCGUGUUAGACCUCCCAGUACAGUUGUGUUUCCCUGCACAGCUCAGGCAGCAAACCGACGAGCUCUGUGCUACUAUUGAUAAGGUCUUGCAGGACUCCCUGUCUAUGCAAUCUUCUGACUCUCCUUCACGGCCCCCGCAGACAGUGUUGGGUUCUGAAACAAUCAAAACUCCUACAACUCAUCCAAGAGCAGCUGGUCGAGAAACCAAAUAUGCAAAUCUUUCAUCAACAUCCUCUACAAUGUCUGAGAGUCAACUGACUAAGCCUGGAGUAAUUCGCCCAGUACCUAUAAAAUCCAAACUGUUACUGAGAAAGGAGGAAGAAGUUUAUGAGCCCAACCCCUUCAGCAAAUACCUUGACGACAACAGUGGCCUGUUUUCUGAGCAGGAUGUGGCCAUCCCUCACAAGCCUGUCUCUCUCCAUCCUUUACAUCAGUCUAAACUCUAUCCUCCUGCUAAGUCCUUGCUGCAUCCACAGACCCUCUCUCAUGCUGACUGUCUUACCCCAGGACCCUUCAGUCAUUUGUCUUCCUUCUCAUUGAGGGAUGAACAGGAGAAAUGCCCCACUCUCCUUAGUCAGAACACAUACAAUAAGCUGGGCAUCUUUUCUAUGAAGUUGGGUCAUCCCAUGGUGGCAAUUCCUGAACACGACACUCUUGACUCUAAAGAGUUCCUGAGCCCUGAGGACAGGGAUUUGAAGGGGGCAUCCUUUUUAGGGCUGAGUAGCCCAAGGUUUCUCAUAUUCUUCAUGUCGUCUGGCAGUGGGUCUCUGUAUUUGUUGCCAUUUGCUGCAGGAGAAAAGUUCUCUGAUGAUGGCUGA